AUGGCCUCAACUAAUGGCAAAGCGGGCGCCGUGAUUCGCGGGAUGGGAUGCCAUGAAGCUUAUCAGCUGGCGAUGCACACACUCGACCAGUACCGCGGCACCAUUGUCGUCUGCCGCUACUUCCCGCCACCAAUCCUUGCCCGCCCAGAAUCAUUCGUAGACCUCCAAGCUCGAUUCGUCGAUUCCGUUGCACGAGUUGUGAUCUCUCAGCCUCAUCUACAGGUCGGAAUCACCGGGGAGCAUUCGAAGAACCCCACCUUCGUUCGUCUGAAUCAUCUCGAUCUUCGCAACCACAUUCAGUGGAUUGAUGUAAAAGAGUCCGCCGCACCACGGCAACAGUACCUCAAGAUCGUGCAGGAUCAGCUUGACAUGAGAUUUGAAGACUUAUCGACUCGGCCGGGUUGGCGGGUGAUCGUCUUACAUCAGGCUGGGGCCGAAUCAAUGGAGGUGCUCUACGUCUGGAACCACCCACAUCACGAUGGCUCAAGUGGCAGAAUAUUCCAUCAAAACUUGCUGAAUCAACUCAGCGAAGCUUCUAGAAAUGACAAGGAGCCAAUGAUCAAAGUUUCUAAGGAGUCGGAUAAGUGGAUUCUCAAUCUACCCGAUCCGACGGAUAGGCUACCGCCGAAUCCGGAAAUGUUGUCUUCGUGGCCUGUAUCACUAGGCUUCAUGCUAUGGGAAGUCUGGAAAAGCCUGAAACCAGAAUGGAUCUUCCCGCCGGGCAAAAUGCAUGCACGCUGGGCUCCAAUCCAAGCAUCCCCUUACCGGACUCAGUAUUGCAACUUCGCAAUCGGUAGUCAAUGUGUCACGAAGCUAGUAGAUGCCUGCCGUCAGCACCACACCACUCUCACAGGUCUUCUCCAGGCCCUUUGUCUAGUCUCACUUUCAACUGCGCUCCAUGACGCCAGUGGCUUUGCAAGCAGAACACCGUACGACCUGCGACACAUUCUACCAUCCAACACUAAGCAGUACCCUUUGGUACAACCCAAAAAGCUCAUGUGUAACUACGUAUCAGUCGUUGAACACGAGUUCGGCACCGACCUGGUCGAUUCAAUCCGCUCUCAAAUCCCAGCCACCUCUACUGUAUCAAAAUUGCCUCCAGAUGCGAUGAAUAUAGUUUGGUCCGUCUCGGCGAGAGUCCGGAAAGAGAUCAAGGCAAGAUUAGAGUCUGGCACACGCAACGAUCUGAUAGGUAUUAUGAAGCUAUGCCCCGACUGGAACAGCCAACAGCAAAGCGAGAUGCUCAGGAUGAGGUAUCUGUCUUGGCUAGUUACCAACCUUGGUGUCAUCGACGGAGAAAGUACCGUUAGCGAUGGAGGAGAGAAGGCCUGGUCACUCCGCCGAGCCGAACUCAUCUUGAGUGCAGAGACACCUUCAGCUGCGUUCUCGGUGUCGAUCAUGACAGUCAAGGGUGGAGAAAUGUGUGUCACAUGUAGUUGGCAAGACUGCGUGGUUGAUACGGAGCUUGGUGAGCGCUUGAUGAGCGACCUUCAACGGUGGUUGGAAGACAUCGGGUCGUGA